GACGCGCUCCCUCCGCGCUAACUAAGCCUUUCAUUUUUGGUUCUACGUGCGUCACCGGAAAACUACUCGCCGUGUGUUACGAGCAGCCAAAACUUCACGAAAUGUCCCACACGCCCUUCACUGACUGAAGCUAUAAGGUGAUCCACAUUAACUUCUGUACCAUCUCCACUCGGAAAACCUCAAUGGCUUUGGCUGAAGUGCACCUCCUUCGCACCAUAAAUGAACUGGCAGGGGCGCUGGACUCUGAUGAGUGCAGGAGGCUCCUGUACCUGUGUGGCAGCUUGGAUUCGGACAGCAGCGUGGCUCAUGUGGAGGAAAUGCUGAGGUCUCAGCUUAUCCGGGGUGAGAUCAACUACCUGUUUCUGAUCGAGCUCCUGUCUGAGUUGAGACGCUUUGAUAUCCUGAAGAAGAUGUUCAGAACCAGUAAGGAUGAGGUGGAGCGGACUCUAAGAAACAGACAUGUUUUAUCAAGAUACAGGGUACUGAUAGCUAAUUUAAGUGAGGAUAUGGCAAAUGAAGACUUGAGAAAUGUGAAAUUUCUGUUGAGUAGCACCAUACCCCGAGAGAAAGUGGACAAUGCUAAGAAUUUCCUUGACAUUGUUGUUGAGCUUGAGAAGUUGGACAAAGUUUCCUCAGAAAGUGUGGAUUUCAUUGAGCAAUGUUUGAGAAACAUUGGCAGGGUUGACCUAGCCAAAAAAGUUAAUAUCCACCAGAGGUCGGAUGGGAGAGACCAGCAGCAGCCAGUGGUCCCUCAUCAAGUCGUUCAGAUGCAAAGGGUCAAAGCUCCUAUUGUGUACCCUACCCCAAACUGUACCCCUCCUCUGCACCAACCAAGGCUAGGGCUGCCCCAGCGGCGCAUUGAAAACCAAGGAAUGCCUGCAAGGAGAAGCCAAAACUGUCAGAGUUCACUGGAUGAGUACAAACUUCAGAUGGGCCCCAAAGGAAUAUGUGUGAUCAUAGACUGUGUGGGCAAUGACGGAGAAAUGUUGGAACAUACAUUCGGUGGUCUCCAUUUUAAGGUGGUCCUCCAUAAGUGGCUUGGUGUGGAUGACAUACUCUCAGUCCUCAGAGGGAUUGUUAAACAGACACGGAACCAGGAUGUCAGUGCCUUUGUCUGCUGUGUCAUUAGCCGAGGUACGGCCACAGACCUCCUGGCUACAGACUCGUACAGCAGAGGCCUGCGUCUGGAUACACUCAGACACCUCUUUACUGCAGAUGCCUGCCCCAUGCUGGCAGGCAAGCCCAAACUCUUCUUCAUCCAAAGCUACAGAGUCCCUGAGUAUCAGGGCUGUGCCAGGACAAAUCACAGGGAUGAGGAUCUUGAGACAGAUGGGUAUGAUGCGAUGUCCGCAGGGGAGGUUGUCCCCACAGAUGCAGAUGUGUUCUGGAGUCACUGCUGGACAGAUGAGUCCCAGCUAGGGCAAGGUGACCACCGCUCUGUCUACCUGUCGGCAUUGACCAAUGCCUUACAAAAAAGCGAAAAGAGGAGGACACAUCUUCUUGACAUCCAUACAGUGGUGAACAGCGUGAUUUAUGAUCACAACCAGAGGGGUUCCAUGUCAAGUUACCACAUUGAUUUAAAACAUACUCUCAGAAAGAAUCUUUACCUCUAGUAAGACAUUUUAUCAGUAUCACAUGGACAAAGUGGCGACAGGCAUGGGCGCAAGUCCAUGAAUCCUGGGAUGGCCUCCAGCGCCUUACUUGUGCCCCCGUCGAUAGGGUUAGUGGUUGUGUCAGGAAGGACAUCUCACAUAAAUUUUUGCCAAAUCAAUAUGCGGAUUGACAAGACCGUACCAGAUCGGUCGAGGCCCCAUACGGGAUUGGCUGAGGCCCGGGUUAACAACGGCCGCCAUUGACGCUGUGCCCUGACAGGGUACCCACGGAAACUGUAAAACCCGCUGUGGCGACCCCUGAGAAGCAGGGAACAAGCUGAAAGACGAAGCGUCGUCAUAUGGACUAGUCUUUGGACCUCAUCACUCAGCCAUACAUGCUUUUGCAAAGGUGGGUAUAUUCUAAAACAAACUGCGACCUCUACUGGCAUAAUGGAUUACUAACGCCAAACUUUACGUAAUCAGAUGUACACACUAAAAAAGCUAACUAUUGCUAAACUUUGACUAAAUUAUAAACAAUAGAUCACCACAGAAAGGUGCCAUGUCACAUGUGCUAAAGUGUUAGAGUAGUUUUAUUAUAUAGAAGGAGACAAAGGUCAAGGUGACUGACAGCCAAAGUGCCUUUAUAAUAAAAUAAAUAAAUAAACAUCUCGUGUCACAAGAACCAGAAAACUGAAAAAAAAAACGUUUUGGAUUUCACAAGGGAGAUGGAAAUGUGCUGACAAGCGAGGAGAGUGUGGUGAGAAUUCAAUUCAAUGUAUUGUUAUUAAAAACAAUGUGCAGGCACACGUUCAAAAUGAAAUGAGGGCUGCGGCGUCACCAACCAGUGCAAGACAGACACAGGCAAACACAGUAUAAGAUAUACACACAUGAAGACCCAAAGCUAAAAGCAAGUUAAAAAAGCGCACGAGUACAAAAUAUUUAAAAAUAUCUACAGACAUUCAGUGGGUAGCGAGGUUCAGGUGGGCAACAGCUUGUGGAAAGAAGCUGUUUUUGAGCCUGGUAGUGCGGGCUCUGAGGCUCCUGUAGCACCUCCCAGAGCGCAGGGGGGGAGAACAGUCCAUGGUUGGGGUGGGUGGGAUCUCUGCUGAUGCUCAGACCCCUUCGAAGGCAGCGUUUGUGAUAAAUGUCUUUUAUGGCUGGGAGCUGGGUACCGGUGACAUGCUGGGCCGCCUUGACGACCCGCUGCAGAGCUUUCUGGUCUACUGAGGUACAGUUGCUGUACCACACUGAGAUGCAGAUGGUCAGGAUGCUCUCUAUGGUGCAGUGGUAGAAGUUGGUGAGAAGGUGGAAGGAGUACUUUGAGGAGCUGAUGAAUGAAGAAAAUGAGAGAGAGAGAAGGUUGGAUGAUGUGGGGAUAGUGAAUCAGGAAGGGCAGUGGAUUAACAAGGAGGAAGUGAGGGCAGCUAUGAAGAGGAUGAAGAGUGGAAAGGCAGUUGGUCCUGAUGACAUACCUGUGGAGCAGGAGGUGUUUAGGAGAGAUGGCAGUGGAGUUUUUAACUAGAUUGUUUAACACAAUCUUGGAAAGUGAGAGGAUGCCUGAGGAGUGGAGAAGAAGCAUACUGGUACCGGUUUUAGAGAACAAGGGUGAUGUGCAGAACUGUAGCAACUACAGAGGUAUAAAGUUGAUCAGCCACAGCAUGAAGACAUUCACAAAGGAGCUGCUUCAUAAAAUACAAUGCAGAGGUAGGCCACUAGUUGGCGCUGUUGGAUCCAGUUUGCUGAUAAAUCAGGCGUAGACAACCUUAAACUUCUUUUUUUGGGGGGGGGGGUAUCUUUAUCGACAAGAGGAAUCACAUGAAAACAAGGACGUUAUUAACAAAGACAGCAACAUCAGAGCCAGAGAUGUGAAAACAUUAAACAGGGACACAAAUAAACACUUUGCAGCUCUUAUUUUUAGGGUUAAAAUGGUUUUAAUGUACUGUUCGGAUUCAUCCUCAGAACUAUAAAUAAAGGUUAAGAACGGCUACAUUUUGAUUUAUGGUUAUGACACUGUGCUAAAAUAUUCAACAAACUGAUGAUUAUUGUAGAAACCAAGCAGUACAUUUUCCCAGUAAAGAGGAAGUUGAGAGUCAGUGUUAUCCACAAUAUGCCGUGAUGAGGUCUUUCCAAAGUUGGUCAGUUUAGGGACAUUGUCCGACAUUGUAUGUUUGUGAGAACAGCUACACAAACGUCUUUCUUAAACGUGAGGCAUAAUGACUGGCAGCAUAAUACCUAUGUACGAUUUUGAAAGAACCUUCUCUGACUUUAUUCGUAAGGAGAUAUUUGUAUGGAAGAUUCCAGAUACUUUUCCAAUCCAAGUUGUAAAAGAAAAAAUAACUAACCCAACACGAUACAACAGAAGGGGUCCUUGUAAUGUCUUUUGACAUAGUGAGCGUAUGUUGCGGCAGUUAUUUGUUAAAGUGGUGGUCAGGCAGCCCUGUGAUGGCCUGGCGGUCUGUCCAGGGUGGCUCCCCGCCUGCCGCCCAGUGACUCCUGGGAUAGGCUCCAGCAUCCCCGCCACCCUGACAGCAGGAUAAGCGGUUCAGAUAAUGGACAAAUGGUAGUCAGGCACUCCCUGAAGUGACCUCAGGGUCUUGUGUUGUGAGCAAACUGGCGUUCGUGGCCCUUUAAGGAGGAUCAGAAUUCCAGAAGGAGUAGCAUACAUGACCAUGGCGAACUCCUUUGGGGUACCAGGAAUGCCAAAGGUAUUAAGGAAUUCAGAAUAGUUCAUCAGCAGUGCGUUAACAUGGAUUAACUGCUUUACUAGGAUGACAUGAUCGUCCACCCAGUUGUGAUAGAAUAGGGUCUAUUUUUGAACAUAAUAUGCCGAUUAUUCCAAGUGAAGCAUUUAUGGGGGUUAUUUGAUUUGUAAAUUAAAGACCAUGCUAAAAGCGUUUGUCUGUGGAAUUUAGAUAAAUGUAAGUGAAGUUUAUCUGUCUUCUAAUCACACAAAAGUACAAAUUCAAAGCUUCUGCUCUUAGAGAAAAUACAGUUAGUCAAAAAGUUGCAAGCAGAUGUAGGGUUGUUCCAGUGAGUUUUAAAGGUGUUAUCAAGAGUAGUAAAAUCAAGAACGUUGAUCCAGCGCAGUCGUAGGUAUUCAUAAAGCAGACUUUUACGUAAUGGGUCUUGUUUUUCCAUGUAAAACUGAAGAGUGAUUUGUCAGGUGUAUUACAUAUCUGCUUACUGACAGAGGGAUUGCUGCAUAUGGGAGAGGAGAUCGCCCUCCUGCCUUUGUCGGGACCACUCGCCCUUUUAACGACAAAUCCCUCUGCAACCACUUGUUAAGCUUUCUUCUCCUUUCAUCAAUAAUCAAGCUGAAGUUUUCAGAACAUCUUGCUUCUGCAUUUUUCAUGAUCCCCAAACACACCUUAUCUUUAUCCAGCAUGUUGGAGAUACAGGUUGUGUUACAUUCUUUAAGAGGAAAAAAAUCUCACACUUGGUAAAAGUCAAACGUAGUGCCGAGGCUGCAGAGAACGAUGCUGUUGUUUCUAUAGCGAUGGCUGCUUGACUAGCAGCCUAGCCUCAGGUGCCAGCAGCCACAGCAAAGUGGACCCUGGUCUGCUGCGUGACAAAAACUAAGCAGGUGUGGGCUUGGCUAGUGCUUGGAUGGGAGUCCUCCCGAAAAAAAGAGUUGCUGCUGGAAGUGGCGUUAGGGGGCAGUCUUCCAUACGGUCUUAAAAACAGGGAAACUGGUGACACACUUAACUUGGUUUGUGAAAUAAAUGAAGUGCAGUUAUUAUACUAGAGGAAUCUAUUAAUUGUUGUACUUUCCCAUGUGCAUGGCAGCUAAUGUAGCAAAUAAUUAUAUGAAUGUAGACCUGCUGUAGGGAUGUACUCGCUACGUCUGUCAUAAGUGUAACUUUAAAUGGAAUGUUUUGAUGUAGCAUUUUAUUUAUAUAUAUGAAUCUCAGACAUUGCAUAAUUUACUGUUUUGUUGUUUUGCUUUUACUAUGUUGCAUAAUUAAUGUAACGGGUACAGCUGAAAGUAGUAGUAGUAGUAGUAGUAGUAGUAGACUAUGUUUCCAUUGUACAAUAUUUACUAAGUUACAUAUAAACUACACUGGCUAUGGAAAAGAAUUUCUUUCCUGUGGACUACAUAAUAACUGUUCAAAUACAGCUCACUGGAAACCCAUCCAUCCAUCAGCUAAAAAUGCUGUUUCAACGUUAUGCACAAUUACACUGGCUUUGCCACUUCGAUCGAUUAACAUCGGCAGUGAUGGCAUCACGAAUGAGGAAACAAGACCAGGUCAAACCCUAGUAUAUGUCUGGACCGUGUAUGGUCAAUGUUCAAAAUCUUGGCCUAGUUGUUACAGGGAUAGUCAGUGUUAGUGUCUGUAAUGUGAAUUCCAAGAUAUUAAAUGUUAAUCUGCAAUUUCCUAUAGGGGUCCCAGUAAUAUUUGUUGUUAAAAUGUGCUGCAGUAGCAUAUCACGACAUGAUUUAGCUACGUUCGAGUUUUUAAAAAAAAGGUUAUAAACGCAGUCGCAAGAACAAUACUUUCCACUCAUAUCUUGGGAUGUUUGAUUUGAAAGACACCUUAAUUGUAAUUAUAACUAUUCUAAUUAUUUGUCAACUCCCCUCUUCUUUCAUCUGUUUCUGGAUGCGGCUGUCUCAUUUUUCUAAGACUCACUCUGUAUUGGCAGGUGAAUGCACACAGAAUGGCUUGUGGCCGCUGAUAGCACCAUGACUUGUGCAUUACUUGCAACCACUAUCUGCCCUGUCUCAAGGUCCGAUUCCCAAAAGACAUUGCACUAAUGAUAUUACAGCCCAUAACGUUUUGCAGCCGAGUGCAAUUUGCCCUUCUUUUGUGUCUGAUUGCAAUUAUCUACGUGGCAAAGUAUAAAUAAAUGGUGGCUGUGUGCCAAGAACACAG